AUGGAGACCGCCCUCUGCUCCUUCCCUUCCUCCAAGCCCCCGCCUUCGCCAAUCCAAUUCCGCCCUUCAAACCCAUUCUCACUCUCUUUCCCGACCACCACCGCCUCCACCUCCACCUCCUCCCUCCGCCGCGGCGGCCGCCGCCCCCUCACAAUCAAAUCCGCCAUUUCCCGCAACAAGAAGGAAGAAACCGUCGACACCGUCAAGACCCAGCUAGAAAACUGCUACCUCCUCGCCGCAAUCCGCUACAAGGGUUUCACCGUCAAGCAGUUCCAGGAGCUCCGUCAGUCGUUGCCGGAGAAUUCCAAGCUGAUUGUGGCCAAGAACACUUUAGUAUACAAGGCAAUCGAAGGCACACCCUGGGAGGCACUGAAGCCUUGUAUGACUGGUAUGAAUGCUUGGCUGUUCGUCCACACCGAAGAGAUCCCCAACGUGCUCAAGCCCUACAGGAGCUUCCAGAAGGAGAAGAAGCUGGAGGAUAACGAUUUCAGCGGAGGGGUGUUUGAAGGGAAGUUUUACGGGCCCGAUGAGUUCAAGCAGCUGGAGACGAUGCCGUCGAGGGCGGAGAUUUAUGCCAAGCUGUUGGGUUCGUUGCAGAGCCCGGCGAUUGGGUUGGUGACCACGUUGCAGGCGCCUGCGAGGGAUGUGGUUAUGGUUCUCAAGGCUUAUGUGCAGAAGUUGGAGGAAGAACAAGGCGGCGGCGGUGGUGGCCAAUAG